AUGGCUGCCUGUAAAAGCCUUCAACCCAUCUUGGAUCAUCCAUUAGACCCCUCACCACCCCUCUUCUCUUCAUGCAAACACAUUACCCCCACAAAACCGCUCGAUGGUUCACCCACCGACGUGUUUUCGGGAUUCAAUCUUCACGAGAAAUCCGAUUCGAUCAUAUCCCCAGAUCAUAGUUCCGAGAGUUUAUCAGAAGCUCUCGGGUUUGAGAGCUUUGAUGAUGUGGAAGACUUCAAUGAUGAAUGGGAAGAAAGACACGAAAGCGUGAUAAAACAUGCGAAAACCAAGAUCUCGGUUGAGCCCAAUAGGUCUAGGAUAAGCGGGAAGGAAAUCCCACCGCCGAUUUCUUCAAUCGGAAGGCGGGUUUGUUUUAAAUCUUAUAGGUAUAACGGCAGGCUCGUUCUUAAGGAGGAAAAGAUACAAACACAAGAUAUCUUGCACGCGUAUAGAGAAGACGGUCGGUUGAAGCUGCAGUUUAUUCAAUCGGAUGAUGACGUGGAGCCCAAGCAGGAAAACGAAGUAAAAUCUGAUAACGGUAAUGAUAUCGAUGACGGUAAUCACUAG